AUGUCCUCCCAGGGCAGCACGACCGCCGAGCUGCCGCAGGACCCUGUAGGAGGCAGGACCAUCCUAUCUGAAGAGCAGCGAAAAUUCCUCGACAGCGCGCUACGCGUGAAUCAUGCCGGCGAGCUCGCAGCAGUUCUCAUCUACGCGGCGCAGACGCCUCCGGUCGUCAAAGCCCACCCACACCUUCAACCGCUCAUGAAGCAUAUGUACGACCAAGAAGCCGGCCACUUCAAAACCUUCAAUGAGCUCCUCGCAAAACACCGCAUCCGACCUACGGUGAUGUAUCCAAUUUGGCAACUGGCAGCCACCGCACUCGGGUGGACAACAGGUGUAAUGGGCCGAGAAGCCGCCAUGGCUUGCACCGAAGCUGUGGAGACAGAAAUUGGUAACCACUACAACGAUCAAGUGCGAGAAUUGUUUAAAUGGAUGCAAGAGCUAAAAGCAAAGGGCGAUCAGCUUGACCCUGAGCUGAAGGUGUUGGUUGAUGACAUCAAACGGAUUCGUGACGAAGAGCUGGAGCAUCUGGACCAUGCCGUGGAAAAUGAUGCCAAAGAGGCACAACCAUAUCAGCCUUUGGUGGAUGUCAUUCGAUAUGGCUGCAGAGGGGCGAUUUGGAUCAGUGAGCGGGUAUGA